AUCGCACCUUAAUCUUACGGGUUAAAAGGUUAAAAAGUCGAAUCCCCACGUAGGGGUGUGGAGCCCGCCUGACAGCGACAGCUCCAACCGCUAACCUACAAAUACCCGCCACGCUUCGGACAAACAACACAAGCACACGUCUCACGCCUCUCGUCCCGAUGGAGCCCACCGGCACGAUCGUCUUCGCCACCGUCGGCGUCACCAGCUUCGGCUUCGACGUCUUCUCCUCCCCCGUGCCGCCGCCGCCGCUGCCGUCCACGGCGCCGGGCGCCGAGCGCCGCCACACGGACGGCGUGUCUGUCAACUUCAAUGCCCAGUUCGUCGACGACGCCGCCGAGGAGGUGGCCUUCGUGUCCGAGCGAGGCGGCGCGGCCGGUCUGUUCGUGUGCCGCCCCGGGGACGAGCGGGCGGAGCCGCUGCCGGCGGUGGAGGGGAGCCUGUUCCACGACCGCCCCACGGUGAGGGGCGGCCGGAUGUACUUCGUGUCGGCCCACGAGAGGCCGCCCGUGCCGUUCAGGAGCUGGGCGGCGGUGUAUGUGACGGACCUGGCGAGGAAGGAGACGGCGAGGGUGAGUCCCCCGGGCGUGGUGGACAUGAGCCCCGCCGUGUCCGCCUCCGGGGAGCUUGUGGCGGUUGCGUCGUAUGGUCACCGGCCGUGGGCGUUCGACUUCCGCGUGCUGGAGACGGAGGUCGCCGUCUUCCGCGCCGCCGAUCCGGCCGGGCGCGUCGUCGUCGCGGCGCGGGGUGGGUGGCCGGCGUGGCAUGGGGAGGGCACGGUCUUCUUCCACCGCGUCGCCGAGGACGGUUGGUGGAGCGUGUUCCGGGUGGAUAUCUCGCCGGAGACCCUCGAGCCCACCGGCGCCGAGCGGCGGGUGACGCCGCCGGGGCUGCACUGUUUCACUCCAGCCGCGGUCGGCCGCGGCGGAGGCGGGCGGUGGAUCGCCGUGGCGACGCGACGCAAGGGGCGCGCGCAGCGGCACGUCGAGCUGUUCGACCUCGAGACGGAGCAGUUCACCCCGCUCACCGAGCGCCUCAAUCCGGAGCUCCACCACUACAACCCCUUCUUCUCCCCAUCCGGCCACCGCGUCGGGUACCACCGCUUCCGCGGCGCCGGCGCGGCGGGCGACUCGGUGGUGCCCCACCUGCAGCCGGUGCGGAGCCCGGUGCGGUCGCUCCGGAUGCUGCGGGUGAACGGCACGUUCCCGUCGUUCUCGCCGGACGCGGCGCACCUCGCCAUGAACGGCGACUUCUUCAAGACGCCCGGCGUCUCGAUCCUCCGAUCCGACGGCCGCAAGCGGUGGGUCCUGACGAGGGAGCCCAACCUGUUCUACACGGCGUGGAGCCCCACCGAGAGCGGCGUCGUGUUCACCUCCAUGGGCCCCAUCUUCGAGACCCACAAGGCGACGGUCAGGAUCGCGCGGCUCGAGUUCGACGCCGGCGAGCUCGCCCCCGACCGCGACGAGGUCGCCGCCACGCUGAAGGUGCUCACCCGCCCGGAGUCCGGCAACGACGCGUUCCCGGCGGUGUCGCCGUGCGGGAAAUGGAUCGUGUUCCGCUCCGGCCGCUCCGGGCACAAGAACCUCUACAUCGUCGACGCGGCGCACGGCGAGGACGGCGCCGGAGAAGGAACGAUCCGGCGGCUGACCGACGGCGAGUGGAUCGACACGAUGCCGAGCUGGUCGCCGGACGGGAGCCUCAUCGCGUUCUCCUCGAACCGCCACGACCCGACGAACGCCGCCGUGUUCAGCAUCUACCUGGUGCGGCCCGACGGCUCCGGCCUCCGCCGCGUCCACGUCGCCGGGCCGGCGGGGAGCCCGGAGGCGGAGAAGGAGCGGAUCAACCACGUGUGCUUCAGCCCGGACUCGGAGUGGCUGCUGUUCACGGCCAACUUCGGCGGCGUCAUGGCGGAGCCCAUCUCGGCGCCGAACCAGUUCCAGCCGUACGGCGACCUGCACGCGUGCCGCCUCGACGGGUCCGGGCUGGUCAGGCUGACGUGCAACGCGUACGAGAACGGCACGCCGGCGUGGGGCCCGACGCCGGCGGCCGGGCUGCUGGGGUCGCUGGCGCUGGACGACCCGCCGCCCGCCGGCGCCGGGGACGAGUCGCUCGGCGAGUUCGACGAGCCACUGUGGCUCACCUGCGACGUGUGACACAGUGACAGUGAGAGUGACGACCAUUUUAGUAGCUGCACUUCUUAAUAAUUACGGUGAUUACGAUCGGUUGUUGAUAAUAAUAAUGGUACGAGCCCCCAUCCUGUGGGGCUACGGACCUAACCUUGUUAGGAUUUUAUGCAUGUCAUGAACAUGGAUGGAUGAAUAAAUGGUGUUGGGACUUCUUUUUGUUC